AAUAUUAAUUUUUAUUUAUAACUAACUUUACAUUGGUUUACUUACUAAUUUAAUUGGAUAAUAAUUCAUUGUUUUUUGUUCGUGCAUAUUUAUGAAAUAUAAUCUUUAGUGUAAAAGAUGACCAGACAUGCUAGGAACUGUACUGCGGGUGCUGUUUAUACAUAUCAUGAGAAACAAAAAGAUGCUUCACAGUCUGGCUAUGGUACACAAAAUGAGCGUGUCGGUAAAGAUUCCAUCAAGAGCUUUGACUGUUGUUCAUUGACACUGCAACCUUGUAGAACUCCUGUUGUAUCUCCUGAAGGUCAUUUAUUUGAUAAAGAAGCUUUAUUGCAGUACAUGAUAACAAAAAAAACUGAGUACUGUCGGAAAUUGAAAGAGUACGAAAAGCAAAAGCACAAGGAAGAAGAAGAAUUAGCUGAAUUAGGUAGAGCUGAACAGCAGUCUAAAGUCAAUGAUUUUCUUAAGAGAGAGAAUAUGGUAAAGAAACAAAAUGACAUUUAUAAAAUGAAAUCUCAAAAAAGAUCAGAAAAAAAUGUUUCAUCCAUUUCAAAUAUGGCCAAUGGUUUGGAUAAGCAGCUCCCAAGCUUUUGGGUUCCAUCAGAAACUCCAGAUGCUAAAAAAGCACCAAUGCAAAAACCAGAUAAGACAAUCUAUUGUCCAAUGAGUGGUAAACCAUUGAAAUUAAAAAAUUUUGUGGAAGUUAAAUGGACUCUAGUAAAUGAUCCAAGUGAUAAAAAGUCUUUAGCAGUUCGUGAAAAUCGUUACAUGUGUGCAGUGACACAUGACAUUUUAAGUAAUGCUGUACCUGCUGUAGUUAUUCGCACAACUGGUCAUGUAAUAACCAUGGAAUGUUUUGAGAAGUUAAUCAAAAAAGAUUGGCUGCAUCCUUUAAAUGGCCAAAAAUUAACAGAAAAAGAUAUAAUACCAUUACAAAGAGGUGGAACGGGAUAUGCAACGACAAAUGUGAAUUUGCAAGGAAAAAACGCAAGACCAGUUUUACAAGCUUAAAAGUUAUAUGAAUAUGAUCUCCAACAAUCUUUUUUAUAUAAUUUUAAUUUAAAUGAUAAAUUUUAUCACUGGAACACAAAACAUAAUGAAUACCAUAAUAAUUACAUAAUACCA